UUUGCCGUGAGUCGGGAUAUAUCUUCGAUGUUUCAACGAUUUCAAGAUGGUACUAAUUAUUUCGGAGAUGACUCUGACAUAUUUCAGGAUGUGGCCAAAUCUGAUCGCGAGGACAUUGUUUCGGAAUUCCAUUCAAAGUUUUCGAAAAUAGUCGAUAGAGAGGAAGAAGAUAACUUUAUUACAAAACUUUAUCGAAAUAAGAUGAGCAUUAUUCCUUGGCCAGUUUUCAAUGAAUCAUCCUUUUACACUACUUUCAGACAAUUAAAAAUUAAAUUAGAUGAACAAGAUUCUAAAUACAAAAACGCAAAAUUAUUUGUAGAGAAAAUUAAGGUUUUAAUGACGAAACUAAAAGUUUGUGAUUGGGGAAGUGUUCAAGGAACAUUGAUUACAAUGCGUACAUUGGAAUUGAAAAA